CAAUCAUACGCAGAGCAGAGAUCGUCCAGCCCGGGCAAGCUCAGAGCUUCCUGGGAUGCAAGGUAAACAGCAUUCGCGAUUCUCUUCCUUUUUCCAGACCUGCCUCUUCAAUUGAAGCGGCCAACGAGUCGAGAAAAUGGAGGAAGAUGACGAUGAUCUCUAUGAGCCAGGCGACGCCGUUCCCGCUCAGACGCAAAAUGGCACCACCCAACAGGCCUCGGACGCGCAGGACGGAGAGGAAGUCGAAGAGGUAGAGGUUGAGGUGGAGGAUGAUGAUGAUGACUUCAACAUCAUAACUGAAGCUCCACCCGAUGCACCGCCUCCAGAAGUCGCACUCCCUCGCCAUGCUAGUCUACGCAGUGAACCACCGCGCCCAUCUUCGGUGGACUCUGUUGCAAUUCCUAAAGCUCCGACACCAUCCAUCACACCAAAAGUCGAGACCCCUUCCCCCGCGAUUUCGGCCGUCAAGCCUGCUGUGCCACAGAAACCGGGAUCAGCCUAUCCUCCCAUUCAUGCCUCGAAUAUCGAUGUCCACGCGAACCCGAUACACCCUGCUACAGGAAAGCCGAUUACAUCUACGGACAUUGACGCAGACUUCCCCGGAGAAGAUGACAAGCCGUGGAGACGGCCCGGGACAGACUUGACGGACUACUUCAACUACGGCUUUGACGAAUUCACAUGGGCUAGUUACUGCCUCAAGCAGCAGGAGCUGCGGAAAGAAGUUGGGGAUCAACGGAAGCAGCUCGAGGACAUGCAAGCUUUCCUCAUGGGCGGCAUCCCAGGACUGCCUGGGGCGCCUCCUGGAGCUCCAGGACCACAGCCAGGGCCUGCACCCCCAGGCAUGCCAGGCCUCCCCGGGAUGCCUGAAAUGUCGCCCGAUAUGAUGCAGGGAAUGCUUGCCGGGAUGAUGUCUCAGGGCUUGGAUCCGGCUUCUAUGGAUCCUAUGUCGUUUAUGCAGCAUGCCCAAGCAAUGAUGGGUGGAAGCCAACCCGGUGCUGCUGGCGGCCAACCGGGUCCCGGUGGUUUUGGUGGUCAGUCUCAACCCCAAGGCUUUGGAGGUCAAGGAGGUGGCCAGCAGCAGAUGGGUUACGGAGGCUACGACCAGCGAGGAGGCUUUGGUGGUGGCCGGGGAAGAGGUGGAGGUGGAAGAAGGUGGUAAGGAGAGACUCGAUGAUAUGUAUGUUAUUAUUUUUUCUGUGGUUACCUUCCGGUUGGAGGCAUGUUCAGGUUGGGGAAUGGAUUACUUCGACGCUGGCGUUUAAAGCAAGGGAAUCGGUCAGUCAGACCGUUCAAAAAUGAAGGCAUUCGACUUGGCUUUUCUUGAGUAUUGAGCGAUAUUAAAUCACGAUAUAUUUAAUCACGGAGUAGAAUGGUAGUAGCUU